AUGUACAAGAGCUAUAACUUCGACGGUCUCUGGAUCGACAUGAACGAGCUGGCGAAUUUCUGUCCGGGUACUACUUGUCUGCGCGAUCUAGCUGAGACGUGUCCAAAGGGAGGGAACAGCACAACCAUGACAAUCUGCUGUCUAAACUGUACCGACAACGAAAACAGCUACGACAAUCCGCCUUUCGCGAUCAACAGUGCUGACAAUCACGACGCCAUCUACAGCAAAGGAAUUUCAACGACUGCGCUGCAGUACGGCGGUCUCCGUCAGUAUGACACUCACAACUUGUACGGCAUUUCCGAGUCCAUCGUGACCAAUUCUGUACUGGAAAAACUUACCAACAAACGGUCGUUCGUACUGUCGAGAUCAACAUUCCCAGGUAGCGGCGUGCAUGUUGCUCACUGGACUGGAGACAACGCCGCCACUUGGAAUGAUUUACGCUGGUCCAUUCCCGCUAUCCUGAAGUUCGGGCUCUUUGGUAUACCCAUGGUAGGCGCUGAUAUCUGCGGCUUCUUAGGUGUCUCCAACAUGGAAUUAUGUGCUCGAUGGACAGCAUUGGGCUCGUUUUAUCUCGAAGCGCGCAAGCGGUGGGGGUAA